AUGGAUUAUUUACCAAUAUCAAAUAAACAUUCUUUAUUAUCUGAAACGUAUUCCAAUAAACAACUCAUUCAUAUCCAUAAUUCAAUAUCCAUAGAAAUACCAUUUUCAUUACGACAAUAUACAACACUUUAUUAUAUUAUCAUAAUCAUUAUUAUUAUUAUAACAUGGUUAGAUAAUGUAAAAGCUAAACCAUCAUAUUAUAAAUCAUUUAUAUAUACAACGGAACACAAUACUAAUAAUAAUAAUAAGAAUAAGAAUAAUAAUCAUAAUAAUGAUAGUUGGAAUAUGAUUGAACCAUGGGAACCACUUAAGAAACCAAUCGAAAAUCAAUUGAAUCAAUUCAAUAAUGAUCAUAAACAUAAUGAAUGGAAUAAUAUAAGAUUACAAUAUCAAUCCCAUCAAUUAUAUCUUUUAAAUAAUAAUGGAGCUAAAUGUAAUGAUGGUUCAUCAGCGGGUUAUUAUUAUCGUCCAGCAAAAUAUACAACAGUAAGUAGAUGGUUAAUAUUUCUUGAAGGUGGUUGGUAUUGUUUUGAUGAAGAAACAUGUAUUUUACGUGAAUCUAAUGCAUUUUCAUUAUUCUCAUCAAAAUUUUGGCCAAAAACUCGUUCAUUUGGUGGAAUACUUUCAUCUGAUCCAAAUGCAAAUCCAAUUUAUCAUGAAUUUCAUAGUGUUUUCAUUCCAUAUUGUUCAAGUGAUUUAUGGACUGGGAAAAUGGCUAAUCGUAGUGGAGAUUUCUAUUUUCAUGGAUCACGUAUACUGGCAGCUGUUAUUGAUAAUAUACCAUGGCAAAAUGCAGCUUAUACAGAGAAAGUUAUAUUUGCUGGUUCUAGUGCUGGAGGAAUUGGUGUACUUAUGAAUAUUGAUAGAUUAAGUAGAAAAUUAUUUAAUCGUAUUGGAUAUCCUGUAUUAGUUAGUGGAAUAAUAGAUUCAUCAUGGUUUAUUCACAUUCCUGCUUAUCAAGAAAGUAAAUGUGUUAACGCAUUUGAAUGUCCACCAGAAGAAGGUAUUCAUCGAGGAAUGAAAUUUUGGAAUCCCAGAAUACCGAAACCAUGUCGUAAAGCUCAUCCAAAAGAAGAAAAAUGGAAAUGUUAUUUGGCACCGUUUAUGUAUCCACAUUUAAAAACUCCAGUUUAUAUUGUUCAAAGUUUGUUCGAUGAAGCACAAAUGCAAAUGUCUAAAGUUCCAUUACUUACCGGUGGAACAUAUUCAAAAUGGGCAUAUAUACAAAAUUUAGGCAAAGAAGUAGCACGUAGUCUUCAGGCAGCUGGAGGUGUAUUUGCUCCAUCAUGUUUAGAUCAUGAGAUUUUAACCAAAAAUAAUUGGGUGCAUAAAAUGAUUGGAACAAUCAGUUUAGUGAAUGCAAUCAAAUCAUGGGAUAAUGAAUUAGAAAAACAUUGGGUAAAACAAAAAUUAUUAUAUUUCUCAAUUCAUUAUCCAAAUAUUUUACUUAAAGCUCAACAAUCCAAUACAAAUAAUCGUCAAGAUUCUAAACAUAAAGAAAGUGUUACUACAGGGAUUAAGACGACGACCACGACGACGACGACCACCACCACCACAACCACUAUGGCAACAAAUUCAACACUUAUAUUCUUAUCUCGUCUUGUUCAUUUAUUAAAUCAAUAUCCUAAAAGAUAUAAACGUCAUUUAAUACAUUAUAAUGAUUAUAUUUUAUUAAAAUCAUAUCCAUAUGCAUUUACAAUGACUCGUUUAAAUCAAAAAAAUGUUACACAAUUAAUAAAACAAUAUCAUAAACCAUAUAAACAUAUUAAUUCAAUAUUUGGUCAUUAUUCAAAUUCAUUUCUGUAUCAUAUAAUUGAUUCAUGUGGUUUAUUUUCAAUUCAUGGUAACCAUGGUACCUAUUUAUGUAAAAAUAUGAGUACUCAUUAUAAUAGUACAUAUAUGAAACCAUUACAUAAUGAUACAAUUAAAUAUAUUCCAUCAAUGGAUUAUUUAAUACCACAAUGUAAUCCAACUUGUGGUUAUUUAUCUAAUCCACAACGUAUUAAAUUAAUUGAUAUUUUAGCAUUAUAUCAAGUCAAUACAAAUUUAUUAGCUAAUUUAUUAGGUUUAUCUAUAACAACACUUAGAAAUUAUAAUUCAGAACAACAAAUGCAUGCUCUAUUUUGUAAUCAUCAUCAUCAUCAUCAUCAUCAUCAUCAUAGAGUUAAACGUGGUUUAAGUCAAUUAAUAUUACCACAACUCUUGAUAUGAUUAGUUACUUACGUCUGUUACUCCUAAUGGAGUAUAGGCCAUUGAUCAGCAUUCUUCAACCUACUCUGUCAUGAGUCUCUGUUUUUUUUUCUAGUUCCAUCCAAUUCUUGUUCAUUUUAUUCAUGUUUACUUCCAUUUCCUGGUGUAAUGUGUUCUUUGGUCUUCUUCUUCUUCUUCUUCACCCCCAUUGGUCUUGAAGAUUCUAUGUGAGGAUUUGUCUUGUAACACAGUUGAGUACUUUCCUCAAUAUGUAUCCUACUAUCCAUUCGCUUAAAAAUAAACGCUAACCAAAAAAGUAAUAACUAAAGAUAAUACAAAUCAAUGAAAUAGAAACAUUUACAUUUAUACAAUAUUACAUAAAUGUUCUUUUCUGGUUAGCGUUUUUUUUCUUGUUUUAGAGAGUUAGUUUUCUAAGAGAUAGCGUCGUUAACUCCAUGCCCAACUCUUCUCCUUUAUUCGGGCUUAGGAUCGGCAGUAGCCCCCCCCGCAGAGGGGUUCCAGAUGGAAUUACAUGAUUACACAAUACUUCUUUGAAUCAAUAAACCUAUAAUUUUCAUUACAUUUUUAUCAUCAUGUACAAAUCAUAUCAUAUUCAAUUGUUCAAUAUCUAUGUAAAUCAAUUUAUUAGUUGUUUAAAUACUUACUAAGUAAUAAUUGAAUUCAUUCUUCUACCUCUUCACUUUUUAUUUAUAAAGUCAUAUUCAAAAACAAACAAACAAACAAACAUUCAGAUGGAUACAUUUGGAUAGUCUUGAUAAAUGAUCAAGUGAAAUGUUCAAUGAAUAUUUAUUUUAUUCAAUGUUUAAUGUAACGCAAUAUUUUCAACUGUCUAC